CUCCUUUUCUCACACUCCCCACAUUUUUCUCUCACAACACACAAGUCGGUGUGCACUCAGCUCUCAUUUUCUCUCUCCAAAAAUGGCGGAUUUCAAAUCUGCAGUUGAUCAAAUCUUAGCAGAAGCCAUGGAUCACUGUGUUCUUCAGCAAGUUGCCGCCAUUAAUUGCUCUUCUUUCUCUCACUCUGUUCUUCCUUCCAACCUCGAAGCUCGUUUCCAAAGGCUUAAAACCUUUCCUUCAUCAUCAUCAUCAUCUUCUUCCUUGAAACCUGCGCCUAAACCCCAACUCGCCCCUGACUCGGCAAACGAGUUGAAGAACUUAGCAGCAACCGAGUUGAAGGAUGAGAAACCCGUUUCUGAUGAUUCUGCAAAAACCCCAGAAAAGGAAAGGAAAUUUAAGGGGGAAACUGGUUCUGGGUAUCACUCCUCUCCUUCUGGGUCGUCGAAUUCUUCAUCUGGGUAUUCGAAUUCUCCCAAUUUGAAGGUAAAAAAAAGCGGCAAAAAGGGUAAUGAUGAAAACCUCUCAUCCGGGUCGUUCUCAAUCGGGUCGAAAUCGCUGGAUUCUUCCCCAAAACGGGUAAAAACUGGUUGCUUUUGGUGUUCGCCGAAACGGGUUUCAAGGAAAAAGAGUGGUGGUGGUGGUGGCGGCGGCGGUUCUAGAAACGGUGCGUUUGACUUGGGUGAUGAUUGGGGAAAGCAUGAUGAAAUAUUGAGUGAUUUGAGAUCAUUCUCGACAAAGAAACAGGACAAAUUGAUGAAGAUUGCAAAAAAGGAAGAAAAGAUGAUUAAUAAAGAAGCAGAAAAGAUUGUUAAGUGGGCUAAACAAACUUCUGCAAGGUUGGAUUUCUCAGUCAACCAUGAUGAUGAUGAUGAUGAUGAUGAUGAUGAUGAUCUUACUGAUGAUGACAAUGACCAUCAUUUUGGGCUGCACUGAAUGCUGCGAGUUUAUCUUUUGUUUUUACAGUUGAAAUCCGAGCUUGAAUAUUAUUAAAUCAAAUCAAGUUCCGCCAAAUCAUGUGUAGUAUAUAUAUCUAGUAAGGAGUAAUAGUAGUAAUACUUCACUUUGUUCCUGUAUUUGUUAAUGGUUAGUUGGUUACACAUAAAGCAGUCCUAUGAAUGGUGUAUAAACAGUACUGUUACUUUUAUAUGGAAAAUGACUUGCAAUA